AAUGUUUUGCAGGCUGUUGAAGUUGGAACAUAUAUCAGUUUCUGAGUGAAAACAGAGGGUGUGGGCCAAGCUCCUCUCACCACACGCCUGGAUGGCAAGAUAAAGGUACUCGCUAACAGGAAAUAUACCCUGAUGGAUCUGAGUGGCUGAUUAUCUCUCUGAGCCAAGAGAGUCAGAUGGCGUGACAAAGACAACUUUCUCAAUGCUGGAGAGAAAAUAGUUUUAGGUUGUGUGAGCAUUACGUGCUGUAUAAAUGUAACUGCCAUCCUUUUGUCCAAUUUGCAGCCAACUGCCUUUGCAAAGAAGACAGUGGGAUGACAGACGAAGAGAUACCCAAUGUGGGUGAUCCCCCUCCAACAUACAUAAUCUUCCUCCUUGUCUUUUUCUUCUUCAUCACUGGCCUUCUGGGUUUCUUAAUCUGUCACUUAUUGAAGACGAAGGGCUACCGCUGUGAACUGGAAGAGGAUCAAGUAAAUUGUGAAGACAAACCGGGGACAGACAAAGAUGAUGAAUCAGAAGACAGCCAAGACACUGUGGAACAGAUUCUGAAAUGCAUCAUUGAAAAUGAAGCAAAUAUGGAGGCCUUCAAAGACAUGUUUACUGGGCAAAAUGUUUGUGAACAUCAAGAUCCACGGUUACAUCAGAAAGAUGGUGCAGGUGGUCUUCCCCUUCACCAUCAUACAGUUCAUCUGGGUGGUGAAAUCAGCUCUUGUGUCCACUGUAUGCAAGAACGUAUAUUAAAAACACGACGCAAAAGCCGUGUGGCUAGAAGCAAAGCUCGGCUAGCGGAGCAGACUGUGUUUUCUGUGGGAAGGUUUCGUGUCACCCACAUGGAGAAGAGAAACAGCCUGCAAGGUUCGAUCAAUCUUUCUGCCUCUAAGCCAGGAAACACGUCGAAUGACACAACGCUCUCUGAUAGCAGGACGGGAUUUAAAGACGCUUCCAAAAAACCUCAGGAGGAAUACAACAUCCGCAAUAUGUUCAAAGACACUGGAGCAACCAACGGCAAAGUCCUAAAUGUAGGCAAACGGAAGAAGAGCGUCACAUUGCUCGGCUUCUUUAAGGGCGCUGAUCCUGUGGAGACCAAAGGGGGAGCAGAAGUGUUUGAGGAGGACAAGGAGGGGUCAACCACUGCGGAUCAGUUAUCUGUCUCUCUUGGAGAAGGCUUGAGCUCAGUUGCACUGUCUCCCACUGAUGAAACAGCUUUAGAUGAAAAUGCAAAUAAAGGUUCAGGUAAAUUAGAGGAGACCAGCCUAGAGAACGAAAAGGCUGAUGAAGCGACUUUAAAUGUAAAAUCGCAUGACAAAUUAAGUACAAACACAACAGAGAUAGUUCGGGAUAGUUCUAAUGACUGCUCUAGAUUUUUGGUGGUACGAACUACGGAAGAAACCGUCGUCCCACCUGCAGCCGCUGCGGACCAUAGAGGAGAUGAUACGACGAAACACAAGGACUUUAAGACUGGCCAAGUUAGUCAGGAGAGUACAGACAAUCAGCAGAUAUGAUUACAGCAUCAUAACCCUACAAGCAUAACAUUAUACAAUUAUCAGAUGGUCAGACAGUUGUUUAUUAAGAACGAGACUCAUGAAAAACAACACUGCUUUUACCAAAAAUACACCUUGUUCUCAAUUAAUUGCAAAUUAAAUCUAUAAAUAUGAUGGGCUUAAUCGAAAAGCAAUGGCUAUUAAAAUAUAUCGACAAUU